UUUUGGUACCGACUGACAUGUAUUAAAAGCGCUUAGGAAGCGGACGAACGCUCGCGUGCGUUUGACAAAAACAACAAAUACGGUGACUGAAAAGCCCCAACAAAAAAAACUACGUUGCGGGGUUAUUGUUAUUUGUACGUUUAUUUUCCACAAGAGACAAAAAAAAGAAAAAACGGUUUGUGAGAAUCGAAAAGAACGGAGCGAAAGAAAGCCGACUUAAAAAUAAAAAUCGAAGAGGAGUGAGAAGGCAUAACACCAAAGGCGGCGGCCAGAAAAGGACAGAACGAAAGGUGAAGACAGACUGAGUUUCAGGCGUGGAACCAAGCCUGUAACGGGAUUGGAAGGCACUAUGGUGAACCAUCAUUCAAAUGGAGGAGGCAGUGCCGGAAAUAGCAGUGGAAGCUUGAGAGGAGGCGGUGCCCAUGGAGGAGGUGGCGGAGGAGGUGGAGACUACUCGGGAGAUGAUCGCAGUGGCGGUGGCGAAGAGCGGGAGCGGCUGGAAAGCGAUCUUCAUGAUAAACCCACCUACCUGCUGGAGCACCUGGCCACCUUCACGGUGAACAAAGAGUCGGGCAUUGUGUAUCCGGCGGACGGAAUGCGUCGUCUCCUUCAGCUGGAGAAGACCACUGGCAUUUGGUCUCAGAAGAUGCAGCUCUGCCUGGACUAUCAGUGGGUGCUUAUCAUGGACUACGAAACGGGGAACAUCAUCGAAAGAUUUCCAGCUUCCUUGGUCCAGGAACCCACCGCCUUCACCUCCAACGAUGCCAUGGAGCUGUACAACAAUAUUCUGGUCUUUAUCGUGUCCGGAGGCGGUGGCUCCCGAUCCGAGAUGCACAUUUUCCAGUCACAAAGCGUGUCCGCCGUUCACCUGGUGGAGGACCUGAAGCAGCUGAGAAGUGGCAAGAUGAUCACGCAGCAGCGCGGCGCCACUCCCACGCAAUCGGGAGGCGGCGGAGGCGGGGCGUCCAGCAUGGCCAUGAUGAUGAGCAAGACCUCCUCGUCCUCCUCGCACAGUCGAGUGGAGAUGCACCAGCACAGGGAACAGCGGACGGAGCGCGAGAGGGAACGGGAAAGGGAGCGGGAUCGAGAUCGCGAGCGAGAGAGCCACCAUCACAUGCACCAAAGGAGCAGCGUCGAGCAGUACGGAAUGAGGGCCGGCGUGGGAGUUUCUGGCGAGGAUGUGGCCCACAUCAGUGGCGAGACGGACUCGGAACAUGGCGGGAUCGGAGGUGGAGGAGCCGCGGAACGCGAUGAGACCAGCUCCACAUCCAGCGAGAAGUACGAGCGGGACGUGGCCGUACUGAAUCACUGCUUCGACGACAUUGAGAAGUUCAUAGCGCGACUUCAACAUGCGGCUGCCGCUUCCCGGGAACUUGAACGGCGUCGUCGUAACCGCAAGUCCAAGAAAAGGGAUCCGGGAGAGGGAUUGCUUACGUUGAGAACCAGACCGCCCCACGAGAAGGAGUUUGUGGACAUAUUCGCCAAAUUUAAACUGUCUUUUAACCUUCUGGCCAAGCUGAAGGCGCACAUCCACGAUCCCAAUGCUCCCGAGCUGGUGCACUUCCUGUUCACGCCGCUGGCUCUGAUUGUGGAGGCCUCCAGCGACACGUACUACGAGUCACAGCUGCCGGCGCGCGUGGUGAAUCCCCUGCUCACAAGAGAGGCCAUCAACCUGCUCAUAAACUGUGUGACCAGCAAGGAGACGGAGCUGUGGCGCUCCUUGGGCGAUGCCUGGGUUAUCCCGCGGGAUCAGUGGAAGGAUGAUGUGGGAUCCUACCACCCAGUCUUCCUCGACGGCUGGUCACCGGAUUACCUGAUCAACGAUGAGCUGGAACCGCCACCAAAUUCCCCGCCCGCUCACGUAAGCAAGCGCAGGCUCGAGGUCCAAACGGGAUCGGCACUAAAUGGUCGUGGAGGAGUCGGGUACGAUGAAUACGACUCGGGGAAUGGUAUGAACAUGGCCAUGGGCAUCGAAAAGUAUACCAUCCAUCACGGCAAUGACGGAUUGAGGGAGCGGGAAAGGGAACGCGAUAGAGAUCGGGCGGGAGCCAUCAGCGCCUCCGACUUCAACACCCGCAGCGAGCUCUCCUUCGACUCGAUUGAGGGCAGGGGCGGAGCAGCGGGGCAUGGUCAUGGUCAUGGACCAGGCGGACCCGGACCCACCCUCAGCGCCAUCACAGCUGGACUGCAGAAUCUGCACACGAGGGAAUCUCGUUCCGGGGGCAACGGAUACGGUGGAGCUGGUCCAGGACCCUCAUCUGAGUUGAGUGGCGGAGGAAGGGGUGGUGCACCGAACGUUAGCGACGAUCAGAUGCUGGAGUCCUGGCUGGAGGAUCUUCAGGGCGCGGGUGCCAAGAUUGUGCUGGUCACCUACCCACGCACCGCCAACAACGACAAGGAGCUCAGCGUGAUGCGGGGCGAAUAUUUGGAGAUACUUGACGACACCCGAAAGUGGUGGAAGGCGCGCAACAUGCGGGGACAGGUGGCCCACGUGCCCCACACGAUCGUCACGCCCUUUAAUUUCGGCGAUGGAGAUGGAGCCCAGUUCUACGGGCAACAACAGCAGCCGCAGGCGGGUCCUCCGGGCUCGGGAAACAAAUUGCGACCAGGGGAUAACCCCGGCAUGGAGCAGCGAUCGCCGGACCCCACCGACAUGAUGCGUAGCAAGCAUCUGGGCAAGAAGGGCGAGUUCCGCUACUUCUAGGAUCGGUAUACGAUUACCACAUACAUAUACACAUAUAAUCCGUAGUGAGAAUAUAGCAUUAGAGAGAGACAGACAUCAGCGGUCCCGUCUAGGAAGCUAGUCUUGAUCCCCAACCGAUUGGAUUAGCUCCGAUACUUUGCACUGGCUCGCCGGAGUGUGCAAACUAUAAUUAACCUUAAGACUAACCUAAGUGGAGCUUUAAGUGGGAGCUGUUGACCAGCAGGUUGCUCCUGCUGAUGCGGAUGCUGAUCGAGAUGAAGAAAAGGGAGGCGACGGCAAUAAUUUGUUUUAAUAAAAUUAUAUCCAAAGGA